GCUCGAAUUCGGCUUAUGGCUGACCUUUGUUUGAAUCUUUCCGGAUGAUUGCUUGAAUUGUCAAGUACUGUAUGUGAUCGUUGUUUUGUUGUGAGAAAGAAAACGAAUGGAAAAUAUGGUUUUUGAACAGAAUAUUUUAGCGUAAAAUGCCAUUUUCGCAUCAAUUUCUAGAAUUAUCUGUGGUAUGAAAAACGUAUGAAGAUGUCAGGCUUGAUUUCACCAGUCUACGUAUUAACUGUUGUCUGCUAUGUAGCUCUUCAGCCAAUCGCUGUCUCAGCUGAAAUAAUUCUUUCUAUGAAUAACGACAGUAGGACCGUACAGCUUUUAUCAUAUCCUUCAACAUUUGGUGCUAAACUACCCCAAAACGGACUGAAGGGAGUGAUAGUGAACGUGGAACCAAUUGAUGCGUGUACGGAAGUUAAACCAAUCCCAAACAACAAUCAAACAACCUUACCCUACAUUGCAUUAAUCAGGCGUAAUGGUUGCGAUUUUGAUGUCAAGGUAUUGAAUGCUCAAACAAAGCACUAUAUAGCUGCUAUUGUUUACAACGUUGAUUCAAACGCUGUCCUGCCAAUGAGCGCUGGUAAACAUGGAAAUGAAGUAUCUAUAUCAUCCGUGUUUGUUGGUGAAGAUAGUGGUCUUCUCCUAGCGAAAAAUAAUUAUACAACAGGGAGUACUGUCACUAUGUAUCCAUAUAUAUCUUAUCCUUCUCCCCUCUACUAUUUCGUACCCUUCCUAGCUGUGUGUGGUAUUUGUUUUUUAUUCCUGAUAAUUUACAUUAUUGCAAAAUUUUUACGUGACCGUCGGAAGUUGAGACGAUCUCGUCUGUCAAGGGAGCAUUUGAAGAAACUGCCAAUUAGAAAAUUCAGAAAAGGAGACAAUUAUGAUGUGUGCGCUAUUUGUCUGGAUGAAUAUGAAGAGGGUGCUAAGCUCAGAAUUUUACCUUGUAACCAUGCUUUUCAUUGCCCAUGCAUUGACCCAUGGCUGACCAAUAACAAACGCACAUGUCCUGUCUGCAAACGUAAGGUUCUUCCUAAUGAUGUUGAAGACGAUUCAUCCGAUAGUGAUGACAGCGAGAUUUCGAGCGAGAACACACCACUUUUAUUUGGUAACCGUGGUAGUAAUUACGGAAGACAACCCCCCAGUGACAAUGACCCAUUGGAGGGUACUUCAUCUCAUUAUUCAGCCGCUGAGGAUGAAGAAGGCACGGCAGGUACAUCAAUUUCAGACAGCACACUCACAAUCUCACUAGAGGUAGAGUCUGAUGAAGACUCUACGAAUAGCUAUGAGAUGCAAAAGAAACCAGAAACUGCAGACACUGAAGAAAAUGAAGGUAAUGCAGAAGGAGAAGGUCGAAGUUCAUAAGGUAGAGGGUUAAAGCCAUCAUUUUAGGAAAACUCUUUUGUAAAAAACAAAAUCUUAAAUUUUUGUAAUUAUGGCAAUCUUGUAUCAGUCAAUUUAAGAUUGUAAUUAUGGCAAUCUUGUAUCAGUCAAUUUAAGAUCAUCAUCAUUAAUUUUAAUAUUAUUAAGAAUGACUGAUGUGUAAUAUAUGACACCACACUUAUUAAAUCUUGCUUGAUGUGCAUGAUGAAAUGUGAAGAAAUGUAUUCAGUGUACACCACACGUUUUACACGAAUUGUCUUAGCUUAGUGCCUUAGUAUUAUCACAUGUUCUUAAGAUUUUAAGUGCAUAUAUUCUUAUGCUAUAGUAUAAUUGCAUAAUUAGUUAGUUGUCAAAACAUGGACAAAUGGGAUGAUUGAAGAAGGGGUCCCAUUACUCGGCCAACCAGACAAUUAGUUGGCCUGGCCUAAUUUUAUCCUUUUGUGUUUAAAAAGUAUGAUGUGCCUGAUAUAACACUUUAAGGUUUGUAGUGAGGCUGUAUUGGUGGAUAACAUGCUUACCUUCCAGUUUCAUGGUGCUUAGUUGAAAUCCUUCAUAAAAAAAAACAGGAUUGUUUUUCGUCAACUUAGAGAUUCUCAUGGUUUUAUCAUUUGACUAUUCAUAACUACGUAUUGUGCAUAAACAGUAGCUUUAUAUUAAACAGUUAUUGAUAUAGGUUAUAGGAUGCUAUUGGCAGCAGAUCCAUUCAAUGGAUGGAAUACACAGAAUGUUUACAUGUUCAAGAUGCAUUUAAUGAUAGCAGUCAAUGGCAAUUCAUAUUUUAUACUGGGCUGAUAUACAUGGUGGUCAUCACUGGUGCCUUUGUGUCCCUUGUGACUUCAUUGAAUUCGACUCAAAUAGUUACAGUUUAGCGCAUUAUGUUGAUUUCCACCCAGGAUCUCUCCAUUACUUGGAAGUGAGUAAGCAACUAUGUAGAACAACGCGGUCUCCAACCUGGGGGUCCGCCAAGUCCAAAGGUCCAGCAAAAUAUUAUUGGGGUUCGCUAGAUUAUUACACUAAUAAUUAGUCCACCAACUGUUUGAUUGUGUACUUUUGUUGCAAAUUAAUUUCUAUAAUCUUACUGUGUAUCUACAUAUUAAUUAUGCUAAAGAUAUUAAAAGUGGUUCAGCAGCUGUAGCACCAUGAAUAUGACUGAAGUUGAGUAGUUCAAAUCCAUGCAUUGGUGCAAUCUUUGGAAUUUUAUGGUCAUGCAGUGUAAUGCUGAGGUGUUAUGUUUACAGCAUUAAUGCUGAAGGGGUUUUGAAGAUGGUUUAUUUGUGAAAGCCCCUUGCCUAUGAGUUGAACUGCAUACAGUAUGUUUUAGAUUACGUCGUAUUGUAUUAACAUAAGCUGCAUGAGGCAUGUAAUCUUUUUUUAAAUUUUUGCAUCUUGAAUACCAAUGGUCAUUUAAUUUAAACAUUGAUUUUGCAUCAUAACUAAUUAUGUUGUAGUAAUAGUGAAAAUAUUCAUUGCAAAUGACAAAGUGAUACUGCAAUAAUACUUAACAAUAUGUUGUAUAUCUUAAAAUGUAUAUUAACUAUAUUCUGGCCUUCAGAAAUAUUUCAAAUAUCUACAUUAAAACUUGUAUAAAUUCAACACUUAUAGCUCAAGAUUUGAAUUUUUAUAGAAGAGGGAAGUAAUUUUGGCUGAGGGUUUCUACCUUGAGGUCAAGGUUCACCCUGUGUAAAUAGUGCAUUUUGCUUGUAACCUCUUGACCUGUGAGACGACCCUAAAUACAUUGGCGCCUCGUACAGUUUAAUGUGGGAGGGGUUUGACCCCUUGUGCAUUUUGUUGUGUCAUUUGGUGGGCAAGGCACUUAACGUAAGCUCUGUCCAGAUUAUCACAUUUUCUUGACGAAAAACUGUUGUAUGCCAUAUAUAGUCAUGAUGUGCCUAUAUAUGGUCAUGAUGUGAUGUCAUCAUGACCAUAUUUAGGCAUGUCACAUGUUUGUGUCAAAUACAAUUGUUUGGUCUGAACAGGGCUUUUUGUUUGUCUGUCUCCACACACAGGAUUGAAAAUGGGUGCCUGAUAGGAUGUGGCACUCAUGGUUGUACCACAACCCAGAGUACUCCCUUAGAGAGCAGAUAAAAUUGUCCUUCAUGCUGCAUUACCGAUGGAUCCACUGACCAGAGAUAAUAAUAGGCCUUGUUUCGCAUAGCCUCGUCUGCCAGUGAUCUAAUGGUUCUUUUAAAAAUAAAAAUAGAGUUUUUUGUGCUCAUUACUAGCCACAAUA